AGCGGUGUGCGGGGCUGCCCCGUACCGGGAGGGUCCGCGUGGCCGGAAGCGGCGCGCGGACACCGGUACCAGAAGGCCCCAGAGCUGACCGGGUUGGCCGGAGCAGCCGGCCCCGGAGGCUCGGUGCUCCGCACGCCGCAACCCACUGACACCCACGAGGCCCUGAAGCACCAGGAGAUGCCCAAGGUUCCGAGUGCGGUGGGCGACGAGGAGCGAACCCGACCUCCUGCAGGAAACCCCCAUGUAGCGAGGCGCGGAGGCCGGCGCUCGCAACUCAAGAUGGCGGACGAGAGUGAGACAGCAGUGAAGCCGCCGGCACCUUCGCUGCCGCAGAUGAUGGAAGGGAACGGAAACGGCCACGAGCACUGCAGCGAUUGCGAGAACGAGGAGGACAACAGCUACAACCGGGGUGGUUUGAGUCCAGCCAAUGACACUGGAGCCAAAAAGAAGAAAAAGAAACAGAAGAAGAAGAAAGAGAAAGGCAGUGAGACGGAUUCGGCCCAGGACCAGCCUGUGAAGAUGAACUCUUUGCCCGCCGAGAGGAUCCAGGAGAUACAGAAGGCCAUUGAAUUGUUCUCAGUGGGGCAGGGACCCGCCAAAACCAUGGAGGAGGCCAGCAAGCGAAGCUACCAGUUCUGGGAUACGCAACCUGUCCCCAAAUUAGGGGAGGUGGUGAACACGCACGGGCCGGUGGAGCCCGACAGAGACAACAUCCGCCAGGAGCCCUACACCCUGCCCCAGGGCUUCACCUGGGACGCCCUGGACCUGGGCGACCGAGGCGUGCUGAAAGAACUUUACACCCUCCUGAACGAGAACUAUGUGGAAGACGAUGACAACAUGUUCCGAUUUGACUAUUCCCCCGAAUUUCUUUUGUGGGCGCUCCGGCCGCCUGGCUGGCUCCCCCAGUGGCACUGCGGGGUUCGGGUGGUCUCAAGUCGGAAGCUGGUUGGGUUCAUCAGCGCCAUCCCUGCCAACAUCCACAUCUACGACACGGAGAAGAAGAUGGUGGAGAUCAACUUCCUGUGCGUCCACAAGAAGCUGCGCUCCAAGCGGGUGGCGCCUGUCCUGAUCCGUGAGAUAACUCGGCGGGUCCACCUGGAAGGCAUCUUCCAGGCUGUGUACACUGCCGGGGUAGUGUUGCCAAAGCCUGUUGGCACCUGCAGGUACUGGCAUCGGUCCCUGAACCCCCGCAAGCUGAUUGAGGUGAAGUUCUCCCACCUGAGCAGAAACAUGACCAUGCAACGCACCAUGAAGCUCUACCGAUUGCCAGAGACGCCCAAGACAACUGGGCUGCGACCAAUGGAGAAGAAAGACAUUCCCGCCGUGCACCAGCUCCUGGCGCGGUACCUGCGACAGUUCCACCUCGCGCCCGUCAUGAGCCAGGAGGAGGUGGAGCACUGGUUCUACCCUCAGGAGAACAUCAUCGACACCUUCGUGGUGGAGAGCGCUGGCGGCGAGGUGACCGACUUCCUGAGUUUCUAUACACUCCCCUCCACCAUCAUGAACCACCCCACCCACAGGAGUCUGAAAGCUGCUUAUUCCUUCUACAACGUCCACACCCAGACGCCCCUCCUCGACCUCAUGAGCGACGCCCUGGUGCUCGCCAAGUUGAAAGGGUUUGACGUGUUCAAUGCACUGGAUCUCAUGGAGAACAAAACCUUCCUGGAGAAGCUCAAGUUCGGCAUCGGGGACGGCAACCUGCAGUAUUACCUUUACAAUUGGAAGUGCCCCAGCAUGGGGGCGGAGAAGGUCGGCCUGGUGUUACAGUAACCAGCCGCCCGUGAGAUUCUGGACAAAGCCACUGAGAACUCAAACCAGGAAAUGGAACCCACCACUUGUUGGUCCAAUUUUCACAGACGUGAGAAUCCCUGGCAAAGGGAGCAGAACGGAACCGGCUUUACCAAACCGCCGCUGAAUUGCCAGUGGCAUUGCAGUGGCACGGGCCGCGUGCUGUCACCGCUGGCCGGGUCUCUGGUCUCCCUGUUUUCCAAUUAAUCACAUCCUUCUGCAGGCAUGAUCAAGGGAAUGUAACUGCUGAAAACUGGCCCGCGAUUGGCAUAUUAUGGAGUUAACGGGUGAAUAAUAAAAAGUAUAUAUAUUAUA